UGACGUCACGCCCGGCGACGGCAGGAAGGCGCUGCCGCGGGGCGGGAGCACGUGGGUGGCGGCUGGGCGGCCGGGCGCAUGGCGUGUUCCGUGGGGCUGGCGCUGUGCGGGCAGACGCUGGUGGUGCGGGGCGGCAGCCGAUUCCUGGCCGCGUCCACUGCGUGCAGCGAUGGCGACAGCGUCUUCACGUACGACUGCAGCGCCGCGGAGAAGACCUCGCGGGAAAACCGAGGGGAGGACGGACAGCCCGUGGACCAGGGCAGUGACACGAUCCUGGCGUCCACCUUCUCCACGUCCGGCAGCCAUUUUGCUUUGACUGAUGACAGUAAGCGUCUGGUUCUUUUCCGUACAAAACCGUGGCAAUGUCUGAGUGUCAGGACCGUGGUGAGGAGGUGCACAGCCCUGACCUUCACGGCCUCCGAGGAGAAGGUCCUGGUGGCCGACAAGUCGGGCGAUGUCUACUCCUUCUCUGUGUCGGAGCCUCACGCCAGCGGCCAGCUUCAGCUCGGGCACCUGUCCAUGCUGUUGGAUGUGGCCGUGAGUCCUGAUGACCGAUUUGUGCUCACCGCAGACCGGGACGAGAAGAUCCGGGUGAGCUGGGCCGUGGCACCGCACAGCAUCGAGUCCUUCUGCCUGGGCCACACCGAAUUUGUGAGUCGCAUCUUUGUGGUUCCCGGGCACCCUGGGCUGCUGCUGUCGUCCUCUGGGGACUCCACCCUGCGGCUGUGGGAGUACAGGAGUGGCCGCCAGCUACACUGCUGCCACCUGGCCGGUCUGCAGGAGCCCGCGGAGCCAGGGGGCCACCAGCAGAGGCUUGCGGCGUCCAGGAUCGCGUUCUGGGCCCAGGAGGACUGUGUGGCGCUGCUGUGUGACUGCGUCCCUGUGGUCUACAUCUUCCAGCUGGACGCCGCCGCCCGGCAGCUGGUGUUCAGGCAGCCCAUGACCUUCCAGCACCGCGUGUGGGACGUCGCGUUCGAGGAGGCCCAGGGGCUCUGGGUCCUCCAGGACUGUCCCGAGGCCCCGCUCGUGCUCUGCAGGCCCGUGGGCGGCCAGUGGCAGGCUGUCCCCGAGAGCGCCUCCGUGGAGAGACUCUCCCGUUGUCUCCGUGGGAACUGGGCCAUGUUGGAAGGCUCCGCGGGUGCCGACAGUGCCUUCCACGGCCUCUACAAGGCCACCUUCGACAACAUGACGUCAUACCUGAAGAAGAAGGAAGAGAGGCUGCGGCAGCGCCGCAGGAGCCCCCCGCCCGGACCCCAGGGCCUGGCCAAGAGGGGCAGGGUGGGCCCGGCGGCCCUGGGCUGCUGACCUUUGGCUUGGCGGUGGCGCUCCCAUCUUCGCGGCACUGGAACCCGUUUCACCUGUUCCUCCCCGCCCUGGCGGCUGAUGGAUAAGCCGUGGUGACAGGCUGGACCAGCCACUAGCAGAGGACAGACGAGGACAGACGCGGCUCGGAACGCCGCGGCGCUGAGCCGGGCCUGCGCGCCCUGGCUGAAGGGAGCCGCGCAGUGCGUUCGCCUGGGUGAGGACAGUGUGGGCGAGCGGUGAGCGCCGCUCCUCACUCACCUUCACGUUGAGGGGACCGUGACGGCGGCCGCACGGCUGCGGCACGACGGCGGCUGGCUUCUCCUGUGCCCCGGUGCCGCUCAGCCUGGGUCCUGCGGGCCGGGCCGCCUGUCACACUUCCAUGUCCUCGUGCUUGGAGGCCGGGGCCUGCGGCAGCCCUGGGGCUGCUGAAGCUCACAUACUGUCAGGGCUCAGGCCCCCGUCCCUGCAGCCCCCAGGGCAGUGCCCCCCCAGACCCCGCCUCCCAGGGCGACGCCUGCGGCCAGGUGCGUGGCUGUCGCGGGUUCUGGGCCUCCACGGAGAGGAGCCCCGGCAGCCUCCUGGGGGCGUGUAGUGGCACGUGGCCUUGGCCUUGAGACGAUGGAGCGGAGCCCCUUGGCGGGUGUGCUGCCUGAGAUUCGGGAAGGCAGGCGCGCGAGCAGAUUCGUCCCGGUCUCAAAGGUGGCAGCGGCCGCAUGCCCUGGGGACACCUUAGGUGCGGGGUCUCACCCGCACAAAACCCUCUGCUUGAGCGUUCUCAGAAGUGCCUUGUUCUCUCCCAGCCCCGUCUGUCCUGGGCAGCCUCAGCCCCUGCACGAGGACCCGGGACGCCUGGCUCAGGGCCGCUGUCCGCCUGGUGGCUAAGACGCCAGAGCCUGGGUUCGCGCCCCGGCCCCAGCCGCGUUCACACCUGCUGAGGCCUGGGUGCUGGGUCCACACGUGAGGCCUGGAUUGAGCUCCCAGCUCUGCGGUUCGCCCGGCCCCAGCCUUGGCCAUUGCGGGCAUCGGGGGAGUGAGCCAGCGAGGGGUAGCUCGUCCUGCUUCUGUCCCUGCCUUCUGGGUAAAACCAUGGCUGUAGGAGGACUUCCGGUUUGGUCUUGCUGGUUUGACUGUGACCUGCCCAGGGCGCAGCCCUGUUGGGCGUGGGAGCUGGAAUGAUUUUUCAUUUUGAAAAAGGUAAAGCUGGCUGGUGCCCCGGCUCACUAGGCUAAUCCUCCGCCUGCGGUGCUGGCACACCGGGUUCUAGUCCCGGUUGGGGCGCUGGAUUCUGUCCUGAUUGCUCCUCUUCCAGUCCAGCUCUCUGCUGUGGCCCGGGAGUGCAGUGGAGGAUGGCCCAAGUGCUUGGGCCCUGCACCCCAUGGGAGACCAGGAGAAGCUCCUGGCUUCGGAUCAGCAUGGUGUGCUGGCCGUAGCGGCCAUUUGGGGGGUGAACCAACGGAAAGAAGACCUUUCUCUCUGUCUCUCUCUCUCACUGUCCACUCUGCCUGUCAAAAAAGAAAAAGGUAAAGCUUGCACCUGUGACGCCGGCGUCCCUGUGGGUGCUGUUCACGUCCCAGCUGCUCCACCUCCAAUCUGGCUCCCUGCUGAGGCCCAGGAAAGCAGUGGAGGAUGGGCUUGGGCCCCUGCACCCACGUGACCCACGUGGGAGACCUGGCUUCAGCCUGGCCCAGCCCUGGCUGUCGUGCCCACGUGGGGAGGGAGCCAGUGGAUGGAAGGCGUUUCUCUGUAUGAACCUGACUUUCAAGCAAGAGAAUAAAAUCUUUUGAAAAUGA